AUGGUGUUCACCGGUUUCAACAAGACCUACUCCCUCUACCUGGCGCCUACUGCCGGCGGCACCUCUGUCCCCUUUCCCUACCUUGGCUAUGUAGGCAUCAAUUUCGGUCUCAAUACCGACGGAUUCAGCGAAGUUUUUCCGGGUGGUGGUCACUUGUACAGGAAUGAUAGUCAAAUACUUGUGUCGGACUUUCCCGAUAUGGCCAACCAGGGAACCUGGUACGAAGUUUGUCAGACGCUCAUCCCCUGGCAUGAGGCGGCUGGGCUGCAAGACCAAGUCUUUUGGUUGUCGAAUAAGGGUCCUGCUGGUGGAACACCGAAUUGUACAAUUAGCGACUUCUUUCCAUGA